GGGACGGUAGGCGGUGGAUGGGAGAGCUGGCGCAGCUGCUGUGCUGGCAGCAGCUGAAGUGGCGGCGCUUGCGGUGGUUGCAACAGCUCCAGGCUCGGGGCUUUGGUGGCGGCGGCGCCCGCGGGCUGGGCUUCGCGGUGCGGACCCCGGCGCGCGGUCCGGGUUGCUGGGGCGGCGCGUAUGCCUCUGAUGGAGGAGUUUCUGAAGAGCACCUCUGGGCCAGUGGCUUUGAAAGGAAGCUCAAAGCAGAGACUGUUCAAAGCUCUGGACAUCGCAUCCUGAGGGCUGCCAGAGAGGAGAGCAUGGCCGUGAGUUUAGAUGACGACGUUCCCCUCAUCUUGACCUUGGAUGAGGGUGGCGGUGGCCCACUAGCUCCCUCCAACGGCCUGGGCCAAGAAGAGGUGCCUAGCAGAAGCCGGCUGCCUCCCAGGAACGCGGACAUGCAGAGGCCGGGGUCGGCAGCUGUUUUCCUUCUGGAGGAGGUAGUGGAGGGCCAGCUCCCCGACAGCCCUGUGGCGAGGUCAUCCCGUCUCCACCAGAUGGGCCCUUGCGAUGGAGGCAGCUAUGCCGUCCACGACUCCCGGGCCCCCAGUCUAGGCUCAGGGGAUGAGAGUCCCACCGGACACAACUGGGAGAUCAAUUAUCAAGAGGCAGCAAUCUACCUCCAGGAAGGCGAGAAUAAUGACAAGUUCUUCACCCACCCCAAGAACGCCAAAGCGCUGGCGGCCUACCUCUUCGCACACAACCACCUCUUCUACCUGAUGGAGCUGUCCACAGCCCUGCUCCUGCUGCUGCUCUCCCUGUGUGAGGCCCCCGCCGUCCCUGCGCUCCGGCUCGGCAUUUACGUUCACGCGACCCUGGAGCUGUUCGCCCUGAUGGUGGUUGUGUUUGAACUCUGCAUGAAGUUGCGGUGGCUGGGCCUCCACACCUUCAUCCGGCAUAGACGGACCAUGGUCAAGACCUCCGUGCUGGUGGUGCAGUUCGUCGAGGCCAUCGUGGUGUUGGUACGGCAGACGUCCCAUGUGCGUGUGACCCGGGCGCUGCGCUGCAUUUUCCUGGUGGACUGUCGGUACUGCGGGGGCGUCCGGCGCAACCUGCGCCAGAUCUUCCAGUCCCUGCCACCCUUCAUGGACAUCCUCCUGCUGCUGCUCUUCUUCAUGGUCAUUUUUGCCAUCCUUGGUUUCUACUUGUUCUCCCCUAAUCCUUCAGACCCUUACUUCAGCACGCUGGAGAACAGCAUCGUCAGUCUGUUUGUCCUUCUGACCACAGCCAAUUUCCCAGACGUGAUGAUGCCCUCCUACUCCCGGAACCCCUGGUCCUGUGUCUUCUUCAUCGUCUACCUCUCCAUCGAGCUGUACUUCAUCAUGAACCUGCUUCUGGCUGUGGUGUUUGACACCUUCAACGACAUUGAGAAACGCAAGUUCAAGUCCCUGCUGCUGCACAAGCGAACCGCCAUCCAGCACGCCUACCGCCUGCUCAUCAGCCAGCGGAGGCCCGCCGGCAUCUCCUACAGGCAGUUUGAAGGCCUGAUGCGCUUCUACAGGCCCCGGAUGAGUGCCAGGGAGCGUUACCUGACUUUCAAGGCCCUGAAUCAGAGCAACACACCUCUGCUCAGCCUAAAGGACUUUUAUGACAUCUAUGAAGUCGCUGCCUUGAAGUGGAAGGCCAAGAGAAAUCGAGAACACUGGUUUGAUGAGCUUCCCAGAACAGCAUUCCUCAUCUUCAAAGGAAUUAAUAUCCUUGUGAAGUCCAAGGCCUUCCAGUAUUUCAUGUACCUGGUGGUGGCCGUCAACGGGGUCUGGAUCCUUGUGGAGACCUUCAUGUUGAAAGGCGGGAACUUCUUCUCCAAACAGGUGCCCUGGAGUUACGUCGUCUUUCUGACUAUCUACGGUGUGGAGCUGUUCCUGAAGGUUGCUGGCCUUGGCCCCGUGCAAUACCUGUCCUCCGGGUGGAAUCUGUUCGACUUCUCGGUCACAGUGUUCGCCUUCCUGGGACUGCUGGCUCUGGCCUUCGACAUGGAGCCCUUUUAUUUCAUAGUGGUCCUGCGUCCCCUCCAGCUGCUGAGGCUGUUCAAGUUGAAGAAGCGCUACCGCAACGUGCUAGACACCAUGUUUGAGCUGCUGCCCCGCAUGGCCAGCCUGGGCCUCACCCUGCUCAUUUUCUACUACUCCUUCGCCAUCGUGGGCAUGGAAUUCUUCUGCGGAAUCCUCUACCCCAACUGCUGCAAUACGAGCACUGUGGCCGAUGCCUACCGCUGGCUCAAUCACACCGUGGGCAAUAAGACUGUCGUGGACGAAGGCUACUACUAUCUCAAUAACUUUGACAACAUCCUGAACAGCUUCGUGACCUUGUUCGAGCUCACGGUUGUCAACAACUGGUACAUCAUUAUGGAAGGCGUCACCUCUCAGACCUCACACUGGAGCCGCCUGUACUUCAUGACUUUUUACAUCGUGACCAUGGUGGUGAUGACCAUCAUCGUCGCCUUCAUCCUCGAGGCCUUCGUCUUCCGAAUGAACUACAGCCGCAAGAACCAGGACUCGGAAGUUGACAGCGGCAUCACCCUUGAGAAGGAAAUCUCCAAAGAUGAGCUGACUGCUGUCCUGGAGCUCUACCGGGAGGGGCGGGGAGCCGCGUCCGACAUGGCCCGGCUGCUCAAGGUCCUCUCUCAGAUGGAGAGGCACGAGCAAAACACUGUGGUGUUUCUGGGACGGAGAUCAAGGACCAAAAGUGACCUGAGCCUAAAGAUGUACCAAGAGGAGAUUCAGGAGUGGUACGAGGAGCACGCCCGCAAGCAGGAGCAGCAGGAGGGACCGUUCGGCAGCAGCGGCCGGGGCCCUGCCACCCAGCUGCUCCCAGGCAGCCGCCAGCGCUCCCAGACCGUCACCUAACUCCAGUACGCAACAGCCGUCUCGUCUAUGCAAUAACGCAAUAGUAUUAUUUUACUACAACGUAUGGAAAAAAUGCGUGUGUGUGUGUGUGUGUGUACAUGCACACGCAUUCAUAUAUAUGCACAUAUUUAUAUAUAGGAAGAGAAAAAGACAAGAUGGGGCUUGGUGUGUAACCACCCUGCCCUGUUUUUCGUAACCCCAGAGAUCACUUUGGUUUAGGGGGUUAGGCUGCCUAUGAGCUCUUCCUAAUGUGGAAGGUUCCAGAAGGCCUCUUCAGAAGAAGACCACUUGGAUAGAUCCUGCCGAUCUCUGCAGGGCUCGCCUUCAAAGUGGGUCAGCCCUCCCUAGGCCAGAUCCAAACCGUCUUCCCCACGCUGCUCUCACACUCGCAUCCCAGCUGAUGGCUUCCCCACUAACUUUCCCUGCGGCCUGCGUCACGGGGUGUCUGUGGCCUGCGUUAGGGACACAACCACUUAGGAUGUGGGUUAGUAUUUCUCUAUAUAUGAUAAUAUAAUAGAACAUUCCUUCGGGGGACCAGUGCCUAGGACCUAACGGAUAGCAUAAUCAAGGGGUGUGAUCAUACCCACAUGGUCAGAUCUCGGCCAGUGCUGGGCAGCACGAGAGUGUGCGUGAUUGCACAAGAUUGUGCGAAUUUUACAUCCCAGCUCUUUAAGUCUUCCCUCCCAUACUUUCUUUGGUUUAACUCUUGUGGCUGCAGAUCCUUCUAAAAUAGCCUCCUUUAGAAUCUCAGGAGGAGAGCAAGCAAAAGGCCAGGCUGAUGGCUGCCGGACGCAUUCCUGAGACGGGCUUUCUCCACUCGAUCCCUUUUCCUUGGGAUUACCUUGUUCCAGCAGAGAGACAUCUCAGUUAACACAGGAUUCUGCUGAACACAAUGGCAGAUCCUUCACACUGUGCAUUAGGUUCUGCUGCUGGAAAGGGGUGCACAGAGCUGACACUCCCCCAGUGGGGUGGUCCACGGCAGGCCUGCGCCUGAACCCCUGCUGGUCCACUGGGACAGCUCCCCUCUGCCCCCACCUUAAGCAGUCCCCUCCGUGGACUCGCCCAGGGUUUUUCACUGGCACAGCUAGCUUCAGGUGAGCCCCUGGUUAACCGAGGACCCCACUAUCUUGGGGGGGCUGGUUCUCUUGAGGUCAGCUUGGUUGGGUAGGACCGGUGCUUGAAUCCAGAGCGGACGUUGGGGUGGGCAGCCCGGUGAGCGCUGUUGGCGGCAGCAGAAACAGGGUCAGAGCAGAGGGAGUUCUGGUUCAGCUCCGCUGGGCUGCAGACCUAGCACAGGGCAAGAGGCGGAGGCUCUGGGAUGAAAGGGGUCGGCAGGGGGCAGGGGCAUCCCGGUCUAACCAGCUUUCCAGAUGCCUCCACUGCCUCCCAGGACUUAGAAAGGUGGGUGGGCAGAAGUUUCUCCCUGCCACGCCCUCUUCCUAGCAGGGCAUGGCUUGAUCCCAGGGGUGCCAUCCUGGAGGCCCCGGAGGGGCUGAUUCCCAGAACCAGCACUGCAGAGCUGUGCCCCUCAACAAGGCAGGAGUGACAGGCAUUUGUUUCUGUUUUUAAAGCACAGCCCCUUUGGGGAAACAAUGAACCAGGGAGAUCCCCAUGGGGCGCCAGGAGACUGGCAUUGUCCUCUCUGGCUCUGGAGGGCCACCAGCCAGCACAGGCAGCUCUGCACCGAGCCCCAGGCCAGAACCCCUUGCCCUCUCCAGAGAAGGAACUUUAUUUAUAAUUUGCACAAUUGGGUGCCUUUUAGCCUUUGUGUGUUGAAAUGGGUAUUUUGGAAUCAGGAGUCAAGGGACAGCUUUCAAAGGAGGAUAGGUCAUAGGUCCUUUGCCCUGAGUGUUUGAGCUUCAUUCUAGCCCCUUCCCCUGGUGAACCAGGGAGGGGUGCCAGGGUAGUUCAGGCCCCUCGUGUGAGGGUGGUACCAGCCCCAGUCCUCUGAGAAAGACCCUGAUUUUAGCUAGAUGGGAUGAAUGCGGCAGCCGUUGCGCUGCAGGCCAGACUCUGGCCAGUAGUGGGCGCUUGUCAUUGAGGCUAAGGACAGCUGGCCCCUUGGGGUCACCUAGGCCUGUGAGAUCUGGGGGACCUGGGACAUCAUCCAGUUCAGAUGCCCUCUCACCAUCCACGUCCUAGCCGAAUGGAACCAAGGUCAAACCAACCUGCCCUUGGCCAUGAUGGCAAUAUGCCCCUGCCCCGCUUUGGAGGGACACCACCUGGUCCCUCCUCCUCGCCUCCCUCCCCACACCCAGCCUUACUCCACACCACGUGACAAUCAUUUUGUAUGGAUAGCGGGAGCAACACUGUAAGGUUUUGUACAUUGGUGAUUUGUUACCUAGAAAACCCACUGUGUCUCCAGAUUUCUGGCAUAUUAAUAAAAAAGCCUCUGCUUUGUAAA